AUGCAAGAUGAAUAUGAUGCUCUUAUUAAAACAGGGACUUGGGAUUUGGUACCUAGGCCUACGGGGGUGAAUAUUGUUAAUUGCAUGUGGUUAUUUAAACACAAAUACAAGUCUAAUGGUGACCUUGAAAGGCACAAAGCUCGUCUUGUAUGUGAUGGUAGGUCGCAAGAAGUUGGUGUGGAUUGUGAUGAGACUUUCAGUCUGGUAGUUAAAUCGGCCACUAUUCGUACUGUUCUCAGCUUAGCUAUGGCUAAAAAGUGGUCGAUCCAUCAAUUAGAUGUCAAAAAUGCCUUUUUACAUGGUGAUUUGCAGGAAACAGUUUAUAUGCAUCAACCUUCGGGUUUUGUUGAUCGGAGAGCACCCUCCUAUGUAUGUCAACUUCGUAAGGCUCUAUAUGGGUUGAAGCAAGCUCCUAGAGCUUGGUACCAGUGCUUUGUGAAUUUUUUGGUCAAAUUGGGUCUUGUCAUUGCUAAAAGGGACAACUCUCUUUUUACAUUCCGACAGGGAGAUGAUAUGGCAUAUUUUCUUAUUUAUGUUGAUGAUAUUAUAUUAGCUACCUCUUCUGACAGGUUGCGUGAGGGGAUCAUAUCUCAAUUGCAAACUGAGUUCCCUAUGACUGAUUUGGGUCAUUUGAGCUACUUUCUAGGGAUUGUGGUGACCCGUAAUCCCUCUUAUUUGCUACUUUCACAGGAAAAGUAUGCACGGGAGAUUUUAGAGCGUGCAGGUAAGGGCUCUUGUAGACCUGCAACUACUCCAGUUGACACUAAGUCCAAACUUAGUGCAGAUGCAGGACCACCUUUUUGGGAUCCUACUUUGUAUCGCGGUUUAGCAAGUGUUUUUCAGUAUCUCACUUUCACCAGGCCAGAUAUUGCCUAUGCGGUACAACAAGUGUGUCUUUUUAUGCAUGAUCCCCGGGAAUCUCAUUAUGAUUCAUUGAAACACAUUCUACGUUAUGUUCAGGGUACCAUUGAUCAUGGCUUACAUUUAUAUCCGUCUGCUUCUCAUUGUUUGAUUACUUACACUGACGCUGACUGGGGAGGCUGUCCCGAUACCCGUCGUUCCACAUCGGGUUAUUGCUGCUUUCUUGGGGACAACCUCGUUUCUUAG